AAAAACACCUACUAACCAUACAUUUUUGCCUAUACCGGAUUACAUUACAUUCUUUUGUGUUACAAUAAUUAAAAACAUAUUCUACUACAAAUGAAUAUUUUUAUUUAAUAUUUUUUCACACAAAACAAAUUGAAUCUGAGAAGCUCGCUCCGUACGAGGAAACACGGAUGUUAUGUUAUUAUUAUUAGAGACAGAAAGAGAAGAGAGAAUGAGAUCUACGUGCUUAUGCACAAAAGCUAUAUUUUUUCUCCUUAAUCUUCCCAAAAAUUUGUAGAUUUAAAUACAGAGAAUUAGAUAAAGAAAUCAUCCAUCUAUAGAGGAAAAUGACCGCAACAUUAUCUAGCUUCUGGGGUCCGGUCACAUCAACUACAGAUUGCUGUGAAAAGAAUUAUGAAUAUUCAUCUUAUAUUGCAGAAUUUUUUAACACAAUAUCCAGCGUUCCAACCAUUCUUUUGGCUCUUGUUGGUCUUGUAAAUGCUCAUACACAACGGUUUGAGAAAAGAUUUUGUGUUCUUCACAUAUCCAUUAUGGCACUUGCCCUUGGAAGCAUGUUGUACCAUGCUACACUACAACGUGUGCAACAGCAGAGCGAUGAAACUCCAAUGAUGUGGGAGAUUCUGCUAUACAUGUACAUCCUGUACUCUCCAGAUUGGCAUUACCGUCGUACAAUGCCCAUUUUCCUAUUUGUAUAUGGUGUUGUUUUUGCGAUGGUCCAUUCAGUGGUCCGUUUUGGAAUUGGGUUCAAAGUCCAUUAUGUCAUUCUCUGCCUUAUAUGCAUUCCAAGAAUGUACAAGUAUUACAUUUAUACUGAAGAUGUGUCUGCCAAGCGCAUCGCACAUCUAUAUGUAGCUACUCUUGUAUUAGCAAGUUUGUGUUGGUUAGGUGAUCAUGUUUUCUGCAAGGAGAUAUCUCGUUGGCCAAUUAAUCCACAAGGGCAUGCUUUGUGGCAUCUCUUCAUGGGUUUCAACGCCUACUUUGCAAACACAUUCUUGAUGUUUUGCCGUGCUCAACAAUGUGGCUACUCUCCCAAAGUUGUCCGUUUGAAGGGUGUUUUACCCUUUGUCAAGAUUCAGAAGCCAAUAGCUAUUAGUAAGAGUAAAUAA